AUGGGCCCCUGGUACCUGCUGCUGCUGCUGGGCCACUGUGUCGGCCACUAUGUGGCCUCACUCCUGGGUCAGCCCUGGCUCUGUCUUGGCCUCGGCAUGGCCAGCCUGGCCUCCUUCAAGCUGGACCCCCUCAUCUCCUGGCAGAACGGGUUUGUAACAGGCACUUUUGAUCUUCAAGAGGUGCUGUUCCAGGGGGGCAGCGGCUUCACGGCGCUGCGCUGCACCAGCUUUGCCCUAGAGAGCUGUGCCCACCCUGAUCGCCGCUACUCCCUGGCUGACCUGCUCAAGUACAACUUCUACCUGCCGUUCUUCUUCUUCGGGCCCAUCAUGACCUUUGAUCGCUUCCAUGCCCAGGUGAGCCAGGUGGAGCCGGUGAGGCGCGAGGGUGAGCUGUGGCACAUCCGGGCCCAGGCGGGCCUCAGCGUGGCGGCCAUCAUAGCCGUGGACAUCUUCUUUCACUUCUUCUACAUCCUCACCAUCCCCAGUGACCUCAAGUUCGCCAGCCGCCUGCCGGACAGCGCCCUCGGUGGGUGCGCAGGGGACCCGGAACAGGGGUGGGGUCUGGGCCGCCCCCCCCCCCCCCCAAAGAUAAAGCUGUCUUCCUAUGGGUUGCAGAGCUGGUGA